UUCGUCUUCGUUUCCUUCCUUUCCUGACCUCGUCUCUUCUCUCCCCUUUCCCCUCCUCCCUCCUCUUGUCGCGUCCUCAUCUCUUCUCCUCCUCUCGGCCUCUUCUGACCUCGGAUUCUUGUCAUCUGCAUCAAACAUCUCCUCGCCCGCGUCAGCAGCAGAAGACGCCUUUUCAUUAUCCGCGCAGAGAAAGGUCCCCUUGUUUGUUAGAAACGUAUAUCUUUUCAGUCGUCGGGAACAGACGAUUAGAACAUUUCAAGAUGCCUGGAAUUCCUCUCGGUGCGCUCGACAAUCUCAAGGCCAAGCUCAAGGCUGCCUUCAAGAAGAAGGGCGAGAAGAAGCCCGCUGAAGACAAGCCUGCCGACGCGAAGCCUGCUGAUGUCGCUGCGACCACGACGCCUGCGGCUCCCCCGACGGAGACGAAGCCUAGCGAGCCUGCUCCCGCUGCCGAGCCCACGCCUGCCACUGCGCCUGCCAAGGCUGAGACUAAACCUGAGACUGCCGCCGAGGCCGCUCCUGUGACUGACGCAGCCAAGGCUGCUGACGCGACUCCGGCUCCGGUUGAGCCUGCCAAGGUCGAGGCCGCGCCCACCACUGAGGCCGCACCUACUGCCGAGGUUGCCACCACCGAGGCUAAGAAGGAAGAAGUUCCUCCUGCCCCUACCGCUGCCGCCGCUGCCGCCCCCGCCCCGACUGCAUAAUUGUCGUCCCUCGCCUGCCUCGAGGGCAUUGCUGAUACGAGGUUACGACUUCUCACACCGAACGGAGGGCGCGGCAUCUGAAGCGCUGAAACUUCAGAUGCCGCAGCCGCUGGACAUUGUGACAAUCGGGCCUUGGUUUCAUUCUGGUCUGGCUGUGUUUGUUUGUUGGUGUGCUGGAUACCCUAGGCAGAGGAGCGGUGGGUGCUUGAACUUAUACCCCCCAUGAAGCCGUCUCUGUCUUCGCCGCGAUGGUUGUUUCUACUAUAAUGGACUCGUAGUCUAAAUACAUGGUUUCCUUGAUGAGCGCCAUCGCCUGCCUAUGAGUGUAUAUCACGAACCCUUGACAGUUGUCAUUGUAUGAAGCCGCCGCUCCGAGUAAUGCACCGGUUCGGUGGAAAAAAGCAUGAAUGCGAUAGUCGAAUCAAACUACUGUGGUCACGCGAACUGCUGCGU